AGGCUAUGUACGAUUUAACGUCCAAAUGAACAUAGGCUAAAAGAACUGCAGGAUAAUAAUUUAUUGAAACGCUUAAUUUAAGGAUUAAUCUGUGCACGUAAUGUAGUAACGUUUGUGCAAAAGGAAAUUGAUAUGUGUAAUUGAUAUGCACGCUUCGGCCUUUCGAAUUUAAGUUUUAUCUGCACCCAUGCCUUUCGAUAUUUACUGAUCGUGUUAAAAUUCCCAACAAUAGAAAUCCAAAACGCCUCGUGUCUAUAACCGGAAGUGGAAAUAGCUAUUGAUCUGGUUGAGUCACAUAUACCGUGUAUUCUUGAAAUAUUGCUAACACAAGCUUACAGAAACAUAUGCGUCAUGCAAAAUAGACUAUACCAUAGGCGACGAGAAGGAAUUGAAAAACAGUGAUUUUUAUGAAAGAAGGGCAAACAGCAUGUUGGAAAUACAUCCUAAAUUUAGUUUGAAAGGGAAGGAAAGGUGGCGAACGUCAAAGCGAAAUAUAAAAUGGUAUAUUUUGUUAGCAAUCGUUGUUUUUAUAUUUUUCUGGACUUUCGUAAAAAUGCGAAAAUUAGAAUGGUCGCCGUCGAUUCAAAAUAGUGUAUCUGUGAAAUAUGGAGGAUAUGAGAACAUUCGCGGAUCAUCGCCAUUGAAAUUGCGUUGCACUACUUGUGCUCUUGUCACCAACUCCGGGCACACAAUCGGAUCGUACUUGGGGCGUCAAAUAGAUCAAACCGAUUGCGUAUUUCGGUUGAAUCGAGCUCCCGUUACAGAUUACGACGAUGACGUGGGGAGCAAAACUACAAUACGCGUGGUGUCAAUGAGAAAUCUUAAUGCAACUUUAAGCAACGAAUCUCUCAGAAAAUCACUUGGUGAUGUUGUUAUAGUGUACAGCAGACAUAAGAAAAGUGAACAUGCUGUCGCCCAGAACAAAGUUCGGCGUUUGAUUUCCGAAAAUAAUAUCGAGGCAUCUAUUUUUAUGAUAACGGAUGAAACACUGAAGAUAAUAGAUGGAACAUUUCGCGACCAUGUUUAUUUGGGAUCGAAUAAGGCAAUUACAACAAAAAACUUGCCAACGACAGGGUUUACUGCCUUUACAACUGCAAUGGAAAUAUGUCAAAACCGGUUGGACAUUUAUGGUAUGGUCCCCCCAUAUCACUGCUUGAAAUAUAUGAAUACAUAUGAUGCUCCAUACAGCUAUUUUCCCCCAGGAAACCAAAUUCCAGGCUGCAAAAGAGAGAAUAGUUAUGGGAAGCGCUAUGCAAGUUCACAUAUUUUCACGGAGGAAGCCAUAGCUAUUCGGGAUUUAACACAAGACUGCAGUGAAGUCAGAUUUUUCUCUCCAGACUGGAAGAAAAACUGAGUGAGCAGUAACCGUCUCACGGGAUGGCCAUUGACUGGCGAACAAGGCAUCUCGCGAGCAUAUAAAAUUUUGUACUGUCCCAAUAACAAUUAAUCGACCUUAAACUAAAUAAUAAACGGAACUCGGAGACUCUAAGUCCAUUUUAUAAUUUGCAAUAUUUAUCCAUUUCACUAAUCCGAUUUUGGAUGCACUGUGAUGUUCAUGUUAUUAUUAUUCUUUACAUAUUUCAAAUACCGCAUUUAUUAUAUUAUCAUCAAGCGAUAUCGAAUAUUAAAAAAACAUUUUGACAGUAAUAUUGUGUUGGGGCUUCA